GGUUUUUUCCUUUUUUUUUUUUUUUACUGUGAGUGUUUUGUCUCUCUCUGGUUGCCGUAGUUUCCGCUGCAGCUGUGUCAGCGCUAAAUAAAGACUGUAAUAAGGAGAAUAAAGCGCGUUUAUGUGCGGGUCUCGCGCUUAAUCCCGCAUUAAUAAACCCGCACGCUUUAUCAUGCGCGUGAGUAAUAAGGAUCAACGCAGUGUCAGUGUGUGUGUUAGGUGUGUGUGUGUCAGUGUGUGUUAGGUGUGUGUGUGUCAGUGUGUGUUAGGUGUGUGUGUGUGUGUCAGUGUGUGUUAGGUGUGUGUGUGUCAGUGUGUGUUAGGUGUGUGUGUGUUAGGUGUGUUAGGUGUGUGUGUCAGUGUGUGUGUUAGGUGUGUGUGUGUGUGUGUGUGUGUUUAGGUGUGUGUGUGUGUGUGUGUGUGUGUGUAUAUGUAUAUAGAAGCUGACAGGCCGUUGCGGGAACAUUAACACUGAGAACAGGAACAUCACUGAACAUCUCCAGCUUCCUCUGUGUGAGAGGCGUGGUCAUGGCGGCGUGCGGCUCCGACUCGGUGCACUACAUCCGUCUGCAGAAUGCGAGUGAGUGUGUGUUAGAGUCUCUGCGGUCUCAGCGGCGUGACGGUGUAUUCUGUGACGUGACAGUGCGGAUCCAGGACGCGUCCCUACGCGCUCACGCCUGCGUGCUGGCGGCCGGAAGCCCGUUCUUCCAGGACAAGCUGCUGCUGGGCCACUCGGAGAUCAGUGUUCCGCCCCUGGUUCCGGCCGACGCCGUGCUGCAGCUGGUGGACUUCCUGUACAGCGGCUCCAUGGUGCUGCUGCGCUCGCAGGCCCUGCGCAUGCUUACCGCCGCCAGCAUCCUGCAGAUCAAGAGCGUCAUAGACGAGUGCACACAGAUCAUCUCCGCCUCCGCCAACCACAAACGGGCCGCUGCUGCUGCCGCCGCCGCCGCUGCCGCUGCCAAGAGCCGGGGCACCGAGGAGGGCGGGGCUGUGGGAGGAGCCAUGCCUGGGUUUGGAUACUCCAUGGAGGAGUGUGGUGAAGUCACAUCAGAAAGCACAGAGCAGCCGAGUGCACACUUCAUCUCACAACAUCAAGCGGGACUGCAGACAGGGGCGGGGCAAGGGGAGGCGGCCUCUCUGGAAGCAGGCGGAGUUGGCAGGAUGAUUCCCCCCCUCAGUGACCUGAUGUGCAGAGGGGAGGGGCUUGGUGCUUCAGGGGGUGGGGCCUCUCUGAAACCUGUGAGCUGUCCUCAGGAGAUCCAGAGUUACAUGCUGAGCCAGAAUGCUGAGAGAUCCACUGCGCAGAACCAGAGCCAGAACCGGGCGGAUUCAGGCCACGCCCCCAUCAACAACCCUGCCCCACUGGGCAGGAAUGGCCUCCGUGGCAGUGGGGCAGGGUUUGUGGGCGUGGCCGAGGAGCUGCCUUUGGGGAUGGACAGGUUCAGUGAGGGGGAGGAGCUGGAGGACAGAGGGAGAGAUGGAGAGAGAGACAGAGGGGCGGGCCAUAGCCGCAAACAGAGACAACCACUAAGGUUACAGGUGAUGGGGCCGGAACAGGUGGUGGUGAAGGAUGAGGAGAACCUGCAGGAAGGAGAAAACCUGUUCCAACUGGACGAGCGUCAGGACACAACACACACACCACACACACAAUCGCACACACAAACCUACAGCCAGGCGGGGUUUUAUGAAGAGCAGAAUGUGUAUGCUGCAGGUUUUUGGCCACAGGCUGAUGCGUCUCAGGCUUUGGUGUCGAACCCCCGUUCCCGCGGCAACAAACCAAUGUCCCCACCUACCUCCUCGCACAUGAACAAUCAGAUGCUCUUUCAGUAUCCUGUCAGCGAAUCACAGCCGUCCUCCUUCUAUGUGGGAGGAGCUAUGACAAUGGACAGCAUGCCAGAGACAUGCCAGCAGGCACCGCCCCCUCCCCCGCUUACCCCGGCCCCUCCCCCUCCGGGCCCGGCCCCGGCGUGUGUCGCAGGUCCAAGUUUUACGGCUCAGGGAUCAGAAACUUCGUUCGACUGCAGCCACUGCGGCAAAUCACUGCGAUCACGCAAGAACUACAGCAAGCACAUGUUUAUACACUCCGGUCAGAAGCCCCAUCAGUGCAGUAUCUGCUGGCGUUCCUUCUCUCUGCGUGAUUACCUGUUGAAGCACAUGGUAGUGCACACAGGUGUGCGAGCGUUCCAGUGUAGCGUGUGCAGUAAACGCUUCACACAGAAGAGUUCGCUAAACGUGCACAUGCGCACUCACCGCGUCGAGCGCAACUUCUCCUGCACCGUGUGUAACCGUGCCUUCACGCACCGCACCUUGCUAGAGCGCCACGCCCUCCAGCACCAGCACCCAGCCCCGCCUAUCAAACCCCCGACCAACCACGGAGCCAUGGGCGGAGCUGGUGGGACCGGGCCCGCCCCCUAGUGGCCAAACUAAGACCUCGGGGUGGACGCCACUAAUAACCAUUUAAAUAAUAUCAUCUAAAUAAUUACACAAUAAUAAUGAUAAUAAUUUAUUAUUAUUAUUAUUAUUAUUAUUAAGACCUUUAGAAUUGACAUAUAUUCACUCAAUAGUUCACAGACCACACCAGGGGCGUGUCUUUAAGUCCAUAUAAGGGCAUAGCUAGCUGACGUCAGCUAACAUGACAAGAUUUCUGAGAAGAAUUUAAAGUGAUACUCAAAUGUUAAUUUUCUUUAGUUUUGAUGCAAUGCUAACUAGCUUUGCUAACAUGAUGCAAUGCUAACCUUGAGCUAAACUGACAUCAUCUUUGACAUAUUUUUAAAGAAUUUUCUGUGUAAUUCUACCUAGCUAGCUAAUACAUGCUAAUCUGACAAGAAUUUUAGGUAAUAUUUAGAAAUGUUCAUAGCCUUCCUAGACAAAGUUAGCUAAUGUUUAUCUAGCUAGCACAAACCUGACAGGAUUUAUGAGAAGUGAUAUUCCUAAACAUUCAUAAUCUUUAGAAUUAAAGUUAGCUAACCUUUUACUAAGCUAACCUGGCAGGCUUUAGGUUAAAUGUCAAUUAACUCAAAUUUCUAAAUAUUCAUAAUCUUCACUUCUAACUACUGGCUAGCUGAAAUAAGCUAACCUCAAGUCACGCUCACACAUUCAUUAACCACUGCUAGCUAGUUGAGUAAUGUUAGCAUAAAUGUUCCCUGUAGUGACAGGAAGUUCUAGCUAGCAAGCUAACAUGAGUGAAACAGACAGGAUCUGUGAGAGAAGCACGUUUAAAGCAUUUAAAAAUCAUAUGUGGUCUCAAAGACACGCCAUAUAUUUACAAAUAUAAAUAAAUAUAUAAAUAUAAAGUUAUCUAGGUAAAUAUGGGUAGUUUAUAUGAAUCUAAGAUAAGCCUGAGCGCUUUAAAAUCGAGUUUGUAUCAUGUCCACCCCGAGUGUGAGAGAGAAUAAUAACAUGAAUAGGAUUUACAAUCAGAUUUUCAUUCAGGACACACACACACAUACAUAUACAGACACACAUACGUACACACAUACACACACACAUACAUACACACACAUGUACACACACACACACACACACACAUACAUACUUACACAUAUAUAUAUACACACACACACACACGUACAUACAUACACACACUCACAUACAUACACACACGUAGGGCAUGUUCUGAUAAUCAGCUGUAUGAUACUCGGUAACAUCAGAGCUAAACAGUGUACGAUAUAAUACACCGGCUGCACUACAUGCUAGCUGGAUAAAGUUUUGGCACCCUCAGUGAAGCGGCCAUUUUGUUUCUGUCUCAGUCCAUCAUGCUGUGUAGUUUUCGUUAACUCUGACUGUGUGCUGUUUAGUGCAGUGGUGUGUACCGCAGCCCAUGCUAACCCAUCAGAGUGCGCUGCUAUGAGUUAUCAGUAAAUACACCUAAAAACAGGCUUUCUCUUCCUGAUCAAUCUGGAAUGAUUGACAGUUGUGUGGGAAGCCCCACCCCUUCCCCCAUUUGAUAUGAGUAAUGUUUAGGCUAGUGUUCCCGUCUCAACUCCUCUGUCCUGAAGAUGUGGGAGAAGUUAAAGGUACAGCUUUACCUCUGACUGGUACACAAUGCUGACACUGGAGACUCCUUCCAUAAUUAACCAGAACGUAAACUCAAAGAAACUCCGCCAUAUUCGGAGGAGCUGCAAUUUUUCAAAACUACCGCAGAUUCGGGCCGAGACACGUCACGUGACGUCAUCACAACACGCAUUCAAUGAAAGCCCUCUUGUAUUCACGUGUGUCAAACGUGAGUACAGCUAAAAGCUCUGGUUUACCAACAAACACCACUGCGAAACAGCGUGCACAACUAUUUCCUGCCACUGGGAUUCUGCCAGUUCAAGUAGUUUUACACUAAAAAGCACAAAAAACGCCGCAAAUUUUGGAAGAAAAGCCACAGCAAAAUCCUGCGUUUUUGGCUGCAACAAUCAGAAAAAAAUAUUUUAUAUGUUACUGAAUGAUUACAGAAAUCUGUAUCGCACCGUAUCCAUGAUUACAGACGUCAUUAACCCGUCUGUCUAUUCAGUGUUUCAUCCUACAACCACCUACACGUUACUGUACCAAUACAACGCUCUUCAUCUCUUCUCUUUAUCUACUGACGCUGGAAUUGCCACACGUAGUGGAUGUUCACCAGCUGUUUCACUUUGGAGUAAAUAAACAAAACACAGAUAUGACACAAACAAUUUUUGUUUAAUAGCUGAACAUUCCGGCUUCAUGAGACAUGCCCCUAACAAAUAAAAUGAAAUGGCGUAUUUUUUUUCCAGAUCAAAUAGAGGAAAAAAUGAUGGAAUCAUCAAUGUUGUUGUUGCUCCUCCUCAGGCACCUCACAUGCGCACUUUCUAGGCAGCCUCCUUAGGUCACUUGAUUUGGAGAUGAGGUUUAUGAACGCUGCCUGUUUCUCUGAUCUUACAGCGGAGUGCUGGGAUGAUAUCAGAACACGCUUCUCUCUCUCUCUCACACACACACACACACACACACACACACACACACGUACACGUACACAUAUAUGUAUACACACACACACACCAUGAUACAUUGUGGUGCCAUAAACAUGAAGAGCAGCUUCAUCAACCAGAGAACCUCAUACACACACACACACACACACACACACACACACACACACACACAUUUACAUAAGAACUAAUGUAUUCGUGCUGUACUCACACGGGAUUUAAAAAAAAAAACUAUUUUAACGUUUUUUUUUUUUGUUUGUGUAAUGUUUAUUAAUGUUUUAUUAACGUAUGUUGUGUAUUUGAAUCUGACCUCAUGUCCCAUUAUGGUCUUUAACGUCCCCUCGUCCACUUCCCCUCCAAAGUGCGCACUCCACCUCAGGAGCAACAACAAUGUACAGCUACAUGUAAUACCGCUAACGUUAGCUAGCUUAGCAUUAGCCAGUUAGAUUAAUGCUAGUAAACUAUCUCACGUUAGCCACACGAGUGGCUUUUCAGUAUCACAGUCUCGAUCCUCAUUUAAGCACAGAUUUAGCUAGCCUAGCAUGCACGUUUAUGGCUAGCACAUCAUCAUCCUGUACUCUCUAUUUAGUGACAUCACACACUUAGCUCAUACGUGGCUCAUAUUUUUAUUGAGAUAUUCUGUUUUAAGUAAACAUGAAUUUAGCAAAAAAAAAAUUUCUGAUUAUCCUCACAGUGAAGUUUAAACACUCUGACAAGCUAGCUAGCUAAUUUAGCUUUAGCUACUCCCUCAAAGCUACCUACCUAGCGCUGCUCCGUAUUUUAGCGCUAGCUGUGUGUUUAGUUAGUCUACUACUUAGCAUAAUCAGCUAUCUAUAGUUAAUACCUGUUAGCUAGCCUGUUAGGUAUUUAUGUUUAGCUGAAAUAAUCCUCAGUUUAAUUAUAAACAAUUUUAAUCUAUUUAGCUUUAGCUAAUUUUUGCUGAUUGUAAUUGUUUUAGGACACCACGUGGGUGUUUCAUCCAAUAGAACGGUGUCUGUGCCUUCAGGGGGGGCGGACACGUCCUCCACACUGGAGCUCUACCUCGCUAGCAUGCUAACUAGCUUGAUGGGUAACUCAUGAAAUAUGAUGAUAAUGUAGUUAACCAGUUUCUGUGGUGAAAUCAAAUGUUACUUAAAAAAGUAUUUAAUUGCGCAUGUUUAUGUUUAUGAAAAGCUACAGCCGCCAUCUCGGAAAGGAAACCUCCUCUUACCCGACACCCCCUACUUCCUGUUACAAGCACCAGAGUGCAUUAUGGGUAUUUGGCCUGGUUUGAACUGUGUACAUUAGUGCGCUACUUUGCUCAUGACCUCAAAACUCACUAAGUAGUGAAUAGGGUUGUUUUUUUGGACUUAUGCAGCAGUGCAUUCUGGGUAAUUUGGGCUUGUGUAAGGAACAAAGUAGCAGUUAAGAUGGUGGACAGACAGACAGACAGUGAGUCAGACAGACAGAGUGUGCCGCAGUAAGGGGGAGUGUAUGAGGGAGUAUUAAAGCCCUGAUUUGGGACGAGGCCGGUGUGUUACUCCUCUCAUGCGAAACCGUACAGACCUCAGGAAAACCACGAGAACCUCCACAGAGAACACUUUUAUACGUCCAAGUUUUUUUCAGCGCAGAAAGCGUUUAUAACUUUUAAUAAUGGUGUGCACAUGAAUAUUAAUGAGGAUGGUAUUUUUAUGGACGAGGGUUUUAGAGUUUAGAGUCUUAAUGGCGCUUUAAUUACACGCAGAAAAAAAAAUCGACGCUUCUUGGUGUGUUUGUGUUUGUUCUUAAUCGCAACAUGAAUGUGCAACUCUCUUUUUAUUACCAUAUAUAUAUAUAUAUAUAUUGUAUUGAGAUAUUACAGGCUUCAGUCUCAGUUACCCAGCAUGCCUCGAGUGUAAACCUGCAUGGAACCUCAUUAAAGAUUAUUAAUGAUGACA